AAAAAAGGAGGCGGAGCUAGACAUUUGAAAUCCGCGGUAAACUGAAACAACGUCUGUUUAAGUUUGGCUGUGUCGCGACACGAAUAGAAAGCGUUUCUACCAUGACCAACGAGGAUGCGAAGGUUAUACCAGUACGGGUCGCCUUGCGCUGUCGUCCUUUAGUGUCAAAAGAACUCGAUGAGGGAUGUCAGAGCUGCCUUACCUUCGUCCCAGGAGAACCACAGUUGGUGGUCGGCACAGAAAAGACGUUCACGUACGACUAUGUAUUUGAUCCCACUGUAGAGCAGGAAGAGGUCUUCACUACUGCAGUGUCACCUUUAUUACAUGGGCUAUUCAAAGGUUACCAUGCCACAGUUAUUGCAUACGGACAGACCGGGUCUGGAAAGACUUUUUCCAUGGGGGGAGCAUACACAUCUGCUCAAGAGAAUGAUCCCACUGUUGGUGUUAUUCCACGAGUUAUCAGGAGUAUCUUUGAAGAAAAGGAAAAGAGUACAGACUGUGACUUCAAGAUGAGAGUAUCAUAUCUGGAGCUCUACAAUGAGGAUGUUUUGGAUUUAUUGUGUACCGCUAAAGAUAAAACAGUUGUGAGCAUUAGGGAAGACCCCAAAGAAGGUAUUAAGAUUGUGGGGUUAACUGAGAAGAAGGUGGUCUCUGCUCAAGAGAUGGUGAGCUGCCUGGAGCUGGGCAACUCGGCUCGCACCGUGGGCUCCACAGCGAUGAACGCUGCCUCGUCACGCUCACAUGCCAUCUUUACCAUCACGCUGGAUCAACGCAAAGGGAAAGACAAAAUGGACUCAGUUGUUUCCAAACUGCACCUUGUGGAUUUGGCUGGCUCAGAAAGGCAGAAAAAAACCAAAGCAGAGGGGGAUCGCUUAAAGGAAGGCAUCAGCAUCAAUAAAGGACUUUUGGCUUUGGGUAAUGUGAUCAGUGCCUUGGGGGAUGAAAGUAAGAAAAACGCCUUUGUCCCUUACCGAGACUCCAAACUCACUCGCCUGUUGCAAGAUUCUCUCGGAGGCAACAGUCACACAUUGAUGAUAGCAUGCAUCAGUCCUGCGGACACGAACCUGGACGAGACUAUCAACACGCUGCGAUACGCUGACCGAGCUCGGCAAAUCAAAAACAAGCCUGUGGUCAACGUGGACCCCAAAGUGGCAGAGAUGAACCGUUUAAAGCAGCAGGUUCAGGAGUUGCAGGUGAUGCUUCUUCAUGCUCGUGGAGGAGUGGCCCCAGCGCUCUCUGGGAAUGAAAAAAGGUUGUUGGAACAGAACCGCACUCUGCAGGAGCAGAAUACUAAAUUGAGCAAGGAGCUGAGUGAGACUGUCGGACAAACGGCUCUCAUGUUUGAGAAGAUAAUUACGACGGAGCACGUCAACGAGAAACUUCGAGGCAAACUGGAACAACUGCAGCGCCAUGCAGCUUGCAGAAUCGACCUUGAGAAAGUAUUGGAGACACUACAGGAUCAGGAGUUGAAGGAGAACGUUGAAGUGAUGAAGAACCUUCAAGAAGUUAUCUUAGAGAUCAAGCGUGAGAGUGCAGGCAUUGCCGCCUCUAUCGAUGCCAUGGCUGCAGGAGAGGAUAAGCAGUACAAUGAAGUCGAUGACCACCCAGUCGAAAGCGAAAGCAAUGCCACUGCGAGCAAUGACUCGCAAGAUGGCUUUACAGCCCGCCAUGCGCUGCAGCAGGCCCAAAUGUCCAAAGAGCUGAUCGAGCUGAACAAGGUGUUAGGUUUGAAGGAGGCCUUGGUUAAGAAGAUGUGCCAGAACGACAGCCAGCUGGAGUCGGUGCAGUCGGAGCAGCAGCUAAACUUGCAGGAUCUGCAGAUGGCGGUAAACUCAUUGCAACAGGAGAAACAAGAGCUCGUUUUGGAACUUCAGUCUGCCAAGAAAGGCAAAAACCACGCCAAGCUGAGUGAACAGCGCCGGAAGCGUCUGCAGGAGUUGGAAGGCCAGCUGGUCGACAUGAAGAAGCAGCUUCUUGAGCAGUCCAAAAUGCUCAAACUCAAAGAGUCUUCUGUUCAGAAAGUUAGCAAGUUGAUGCAGGAAAUACAGGCGAUGAAGUCCCAGCGUAUUCAGCUAAUGAAGCAGAUGAGGGAUGACUCUGAGAAAUUCCGACUCUGGAAGAAGGAAAAGGACAGGGAGGUGAUUCAGCUGAAAGAAAAGGAUCGUAAACGUCAGUACGAGCUGCUUAGACUCGAGAGGGACUUUGAGAAACAGGCCAAUGUCCUGCGUCGGAAAACAGAGGAGGCUGCGGCGGCAAACAAGCGACUGAAAGUUGCUCUGCAGAAGAGAAGUGAAGUCGUAGAGAAACGCAAGGAUUCUCACGGCAGAGGGACGGAGGGAGCUGCUGCAAGGGUGAAGAAUUUGUUUCUCAGCGAGGCCGAGGUUAUGGUUAGCAUAGCAGAGGCCCGGCGUCACCUCAAUGACCUUCUGGAGGACAGGAAAGUCUUGGCUCAGGAGAUAACGCAACUCAGGCAGCAGAUUGAUGCCGGGGAGAAACCAGCUGCCAAAAUCAGGCGCCGGACACUGCUGUUGUCCGAGUUGGAGAAUCAGAGGGCGCUGGAGACACCUAUGAACAAACAGCUGGAGAACUUGACGACAGAAAUGGAACUCAGGAAUGCCCAGAUAGCUGACCUUCAGCAGAAGGUUCUUGCCGCAGACAGCGAGGGGCGUCUGAAACAGCGUAUAGAUGGCAUCGUAAGCAUUGUUGAUGCCAAGUGUGCCAUCCGAGUGCUGAUGACUGAGCUGGUGUCAGCCAAGACAGCAUCAGCCAAGCAAGAGAGUGAACUCCAACACGAGAAAGCCAACACGCACGAGUUAAACAAACGUUUGGCUGACGAGCGAAUAUUGAUGUCCAACAUGGACAUGGAGCAUCAGCAGCAGCUUGUGGAAUUAGAGCAGAGGCAUCAAGACAAAGUCCAGUGUCUCCUGAACCAGCUCCAGAGCAAACCCAUCGGUCAAGAGACUAAUGACGGAAGCACAAGGGAGGAGGAGCUCCUACAUCGCCUCAAACUUCAGGAUGAAGAGCUACAAAAACUGCGUGAGCUGUAUGAGCAGAGUCGAAACCUGGCGUUGCAGUAUAGUCAAGAUGCAAAUAUUUCAAGAGACUCUAGCAGUCCAGACAUCACCUUCUUCAAGCCGCCAUAUUGCUCACCAAUAGAGACGGUUCUAGAGGAUAUUGAAAACAGGGAACACAACACCCCAUGCCUAAAGCUACUACGUGUUUCAAAAGACGAGGACAAGAAUGUGGAUCAGGAGCUAGCCAAAAAUAACAUCAAAAUUCUCAAAAAGAAAAAGCGACACUUGUCAAAUUUUCAGAGUGGAUUUUUCUCCAACUGCACUCCAGUCAGAGAAGAGUAUCCUCCUUAUGAGUAAGUCAUCCACUAAGUGAAUAGCUAGUUUUGGAUUUUAACUGGAGGUUUUGUUUUUGAUCCCUCGUGUUAGUUUGUUUAACUUGUCCUGUGUUCUAAGUUUAAUAAAGUCUUAAGUGUAAAGCUUG